UUUUUUUUUUCUCUUUCCCUUUAAAUCCGUUUGAUUUUAAUACAUUCAUGUCUUUCCAACUUACUGAACUCGUUCAGCGUCCUGGCGCUGGUAGAAAUGGUAGACCUGUCAAUGUCAGAGCCAAUUUCUUUGAAGUUACCUCUUUUCCUACUCAAAACAUUCACCACUACGAUGUCACCAUUGACCCUUCCGGUACUCCUACCAAGCUUUACCGUGAAAUUUGGAAGUCCUUUGAAGCCACUAAUGGUCAAGGGACUUUGAACGGUAUCAAGGCUAUCUUUGAUGGUCGUAAGAAUAUCUUUUCUCCUAAGCCCCUGCCUUUGGGUGAAGAGAAUGCCAAACAAUUUGAUGUUGAACUUAAUGAAGGUCGUAAGCGCAAUAGUGUCUUCAAGCUUCGUAUCAAGAAGGUUGGAGAAGUCAACAUGGAAGAACUUCGUCGUUUCUUGACUGGUCAAUCCGCUUGUACUUCUAACUGUCUUACAGGUAUGCCGGAAGAAAGAGAAAGAAAAAUACGCGGAAGAUUUUGACAGAU